AUGUCGACGAUUGAUACUCUGCCAGUAUUGCUAGUAAGCACUGUAAAUGAAACAGUAGCUACAACUCUAAUAUUAGAACUGAUAGACAAUGACGUUACGGAAGAAUAUCGUAAAGAAAUUGAGUCUCCGGAUCGUGUGUGGAGGCUAGACAACAAGUACUACAGUGCAGAUGUCAGAGUUCAUAUCCUUACAGACGGGGAAGUGCUCGCCAUAAAUCCCAACUCUGUGGAAGCCCAUAUCAUUUACAUCACUGAGGAUGAGGUAUCAGAAGAGUGCACAGAGCGCGCCGCACGUCGCGCAGGCGCGUGCUGCGAUGCAUGGGAACAAUGCCACGUGCGUGUGCUGCUGGCAGAUUGCAUUGACCAUGAGCCACUCGAGGCAUGGGCGGUAGCGCAGCACGCUGACUUCGUCCCGCGACUGGAAGAGGCUCAAGGACAGGCAGACGAGCCUUUCGCUGAUGCGUAUGGAUUAGAGCGUGCCCGUGCUACUCUGCACGCACACGCCUGGUCCAACCUGCAGCGCAAGGAAGCUCGCUUCUCCGCUUCACUCCCUCCACUUAACGGGACAGACGGUGAAAACGAAUCGGGAGCCUCGUCAGAGUCGGAGCUGGCGUGGGAGGGUUGCGCCUCGGACGAGGAGGUUCGCGCCGUGGAGCGCGCCGAGGCCUUCGCCGCGGCGCUGGGCGCGCUCUCCGCCGCCUCGCCCCCCGCGCACCCCGCGCACCCCGCCCUGCCCCGCCCCGAGCGCCUGCAGCGCGCCGAGGACCUGGUCACGGCCUUCUGCCGCGCUCUCGGCCUGGACCCCGACACGGCCUGA